AUGACUGCUCAUAAAGGUAAAGAUCGCAUCAUAUUUGUCACCAAGGAGGAUCAUGAAGCACCCAGUAAUGCUGAGCUUAUCGAAGAUGAUCCAAAUGAUCCAUAUGAGGAUCACGGUCUUAUUCUCCCUAAUGGUGAUAUAAACUGGAACUGCCCGUGUUUGGGUGGCAUGGCCAGUGGCCCUUGUGGACAGCAGUUCAAGGACGCCUUUUCUUGUUUCCACUAUAGUAAAGAGGAGGUAAAGGGUUCAGAUUGUGUGGAAAACUUCCAGAGUAUGCAGGAGUGUAUGCAGAAGUACCCUGAGCUCUACCCUCAGGAAGAUGACAAUGACAGCGCCCCCUCUGGUGGGGCGGAUACUGCACCCACUGACUCUGUCCCUACAUCCUCUCCUGAUUCCACACCAGCAACCACAGAAAACCCAGCAGCUAGCUAAUAUUAUCUUGGCUUCAUUCCCUUCACACCUCACAGCAAAGAGAGCUCCACUUUUGAGUAUGAAGAGAUCAUAUCUAACUAUGCCACUGGAUCGAUGCUCUCCACCUGACUGCAUUUUGUGAAUCAAAUAUUCGAAUGGCAUUAACAUGCACUUAAGGGACCUAUGAAAAAAUGAGGAUCUGUAAGAAUGGCAGGUCAGUUUGCACUUGGCCUGUGAAACGUUAGCUGCCAUUUGAACCGUCCGGCUUUGUAUUUUCUGAUUAUUAUUUGCUCCACAACCUAAGCUUAGCUUGUUUGACUUGUGUGCUACAACAGAUCAAAGG